GAGACUGAGGCAGACGUUGUGGAAGCGUCUGCCCUGUACAUCUUGGCACCGAUCUACGAGAUUCUCCAUGAGCUGUACGCUGGCAAAUGGGUAAGGUCAGCAGAACGCACACAUGUAACUCCGAACGAAGAGGCAGAGGAGAAGGAGUGUGUUCGUUACGAUCUGACCUUCCAGACUCCAUCGUACAAUGGAAUACAGGGCGAGACCAUUGCUAUUCUUGAGUACAAAAAACGAAAUAUGAUCAGAUACGACGACUUUAAAGCAACAUUGCUUAGCGCCCACGCGAGUGAAAUCACUAUUCAGAGUCUUAAAGAUGAGAUCGAAGAUCAAGACAAGGAGACUUAUCUUCAGCGAAAUGCUCAAGCGUAUUCGAAACAAGUUUGCAAAUACGCAGCCACCAGCAGAUGUCAACAUGUUGCACUCUUCAACUGGGACAACUUGCUGCUCUAUCGUUUUGAUCGAGCCAAAAUAGGAAAAGGAGAUACAGGGGAUCAAGCUAAUCUUACUUGGGUGAACGAAAGUGGAAUUGGAGGCAAGUUCGUACAGAAAUGCUACAUUCGUAAAGCUAUCCUUGGUUGGAUUCUGAAGGCAUUUGAAGAU